AUGUCGCUAUUUACUCAAAAUUCUGUCCUGUAUGCAGAACGGCCCCUUUUUGAUUGUCCAGAAGAAUAUGCUGCAUUGGUCCUAGUUUCUGUUUCACUUCUCUCGGCCAUUUAUAAUUUAUACCAUGUAUCUGUUCGCCUUUACCGUAAUCCCAGCUCGGCUCUCAUCCGUCUUUUAUUUUUUGUUGGCAUAUGCUCAAUAAUUGCGCUUACUGGCCGGAUUCUGGUCGAGUAUGUCUUUUACAUCAAUUUUUUGAGUUCAAUUAGUAAUAUCACUAUUGGUGCUGGGUCUAUUGGAUUUAUGAUUACACAGUCGUGGACAACUAAAAUCUUUGUGCCUAAAAUUCGAGAUGUAACUGUUAGAAAGAUUGUUGCUUUGCAGGUUAUUGUACAUUUGAUGACUGCCACUCCCAUGUAUUUUAAAGGAACAUUUUUUGUUCAAAGUACUGAUCCUAUUUUUUUUGCAAAGUGGUUCAAAUAUACAACAUCCGUAUGGUGGGCAUGGUGCUUGCUCACUGACACUUUUACCAACAUCUGGCUAGCCAAGGAAAUCAUUGCGCUUUCUCGCCGAAUGACGGCCAUGAAAAACAGUUAUGAGAUGCCUACUUCCAAAACUACAAACCAAGGUUCGGCUAGUGUAUCUUCCUAUGUAUCUGAAAAAUCGCAGUCGAUUACGCCUAUUAUACCACGCCCAGUCGUCAACCUGCACAUUUCUGAACUUAUGGCUCGGUUCCAUGCCCAAUAUCACAAGACAAUCAUGUGGAUGGCCAUAUUUUCCAUAAUGGAUGUAGCAGCACUAUGUCUGGACCGUCAAAAACCGACACGCAAGUGCAUUUUCACAAAUGGCAACCUCGAUGGUUGGAAUGCAUUUAAUGGCGACCUCAUUGCUGAUCAGCAACCUAACAAAACUGAUUAG